AUGGUUUCAUUUGCCAAAGUUCUAACGGAGGCACGGCGACUUCAAAGAGCGCAGGCACCCCUUGAGCGCCAUGAAGAAACCUUUCCUCCGCCAUCGUUCCUGCGACCAAAUGAACAGCGAAUGGUUCCGCGACUAGAAGCGCCCAUGCCGUCACGAGAACUUGUAAGACGUCGAAGAUCACCAAGAGCAGGCCAUGAUGCACCUCAAAUUCGAUCCAAGUUCCAUAUUGAACCAAAUCUUACUGGCAUCGACCCGACAUUGAUCAGACUUGCGGAACCAAGGCAUGUCAUUGAGUGUAUGGGACAUCAGAAGCCCGCCCCACAACUCGACUGCCCGGAAGUGGACGACUUCCUUCUGCUCAAGGACACGGACGUGAUGGAAGAUGAGAUCUGGUUUGCUCUGACGCCGAUCACCCGAUUCUGGAAUCCUAACGCAGCAUAUGAGGCGAGACGCAUUCUGGCCAAAAAUCGAUUCGACUGCUUACUGGUCAUCGGAAUAUGUCGCAACAGUACCGAAUUCAGCCUCCACCUUUUAAACGACUACUGCCCGGGCCCCACACUCGAGCCUUGGAGAUUGGCUGAACAUACGCUGGACAGGUUGCUCGAAAGCAAUGGUUGGAUAAGCAUCGAGGAUGGGAUACAUCUACAGAGCGCUUAUCUCGCCAUCGGCCGCGUUUUCCACAACGGCUACCGUGUACUUCAGCGACCUGGAUCGGAUGUCGAGUACCAGGGGAUUAUUGUAGUUGGUGCCUAUGCAACGCAUUAUAAAUUGGCCCGAUUGAAAGAGGUCGACUGGCUUAUCUUGCACGAAGAUGUCACAACAAUGCUAGAAUGCAUCACCAGUAAGCCCCUGCGUCUCUCAUAAAA